AUGGCACCCCAAUUCGAGCCCAUGAAGAAUGACCUCAUUCUGCGCACAGCACGAGCUGGACGCUACCUGCCGGAAUACCAUGAGGCGAAGGGCAAAAACGACUUCUUCGAAUGCUGCCGCAGCCCCGAGAUCGCCUCCACCCUCACCCUCCAGCCCAUUGAGCGCUACGAAGGCCUCAUCGAUGCCGCCAUCAUUUUCUCCGACAUCCUCGUCAUUCCCCAAGCAAUGGGUAUGGAGGUCAUAAUGGUGGACAAGAAAGGCCCGCAUUUCCCCGAACCACUGCAAACUCCGGAGGAUAAGCAGUACAAGGAGGUUCUUGAGAGGAAGGUGGAUGUUGCCGAGUCUUUGGACUAUGUCUACAAGGCUAUCACCAUGACGAGGCAAAAGUUGGCAGGCAGGGUGCCGCUAAUUGGCUUUUGCGGUGCGCCUUGGACACUACUGUGCUAUAUGGUCGAAGGAGGAGGCAGCAAGAUGUUCAUCCAGACCAAGACAUGGAUCUACAAGUACCCCAAGGAGAGUAAGGCGCUGCUGCAGAAAAUUGCCGAACUUUGCGUGGAAUAUCUGGCUCUUCAGGUGCAGGCUGGCGCACAGAUGAUCCAAGUCUUCGAUUCCUGGGCGGGAGAGCUAUCGCCAACCUCCUUCAAGACCUUUGCUCUACCUUACCUCAACUACAUUGCCGACAACCUGCCUGCGCGUCUCCAAUCGAAGGGCCUCGAACCCGUUCCCAUGACCGUAUUCGCGAAAGGCGCAUGGUACGCCUUGUCGGAUCUUUGCGACACCAAGUACAACACCAUUGGCCUCGAUUGGCUCCAUGCGCCGGCGGAAGCAUACAAGAUUGCACAAGCAAAGGGUAAGGUGCUUCAAGGUAAUGCGGAUCCGGGUGUUUUGUACGGCACCAAGGAGUCCAUCACGAAGGUAGUAGAAGAGAUGGUCGCUGGGUUUGGUGGUGGCAAGCAGGGAUGGAUCGCCAACCUUGGACACGGUAUCACACCGUUCGUUAAGCCAGACGACCUGAAAUUCUACUUUGAAGAGAUACACAGGUUAACAAAGGCCUAA